CCCCCUCCAUCCUUUCCUCUCCCCAUCCCAAAGGCUGAUUAGCACACCACUCCCUCUGCACAUCGUUCCGUUUCGCCGACGCACCAGUAUUUUUUUCAAGCUGCGGUCGUCCGUCACAUGCCGAAGGACGCACAAUAUCUCCUAGAAGAGUCUGCGGCUCCGGAAUAGCCUGCUCAUUCUGAGCGCCUCUUUUGCUGAUAGGCCUGUGUUUUCUGUCAUCCGCAACGCUCAGCUGUGAGGGGGUUUGGCAGAGUGACUAACGGAAUGAUUUGUCUGUCCUAUCGGGAGGUUAUAGGCUAGCCCAGUCCACGGCAGUUCCGGGUGACAGUCGGAUGGGAUGACGGAGGAAAUGUAAAAUUUUGAUAUGGAGAGUAUAUUCGUGGAGAAUGCGUCCUUUCAGUGACCAGAAGAUAAUUUAAUGGGUAAGGGGUAGGCAAACGACGUUGAAGUCUAUUUUAGGUAAUUCAUCGCACCGGCUGUUAUCAUCAUCUAGUAGGCUAGCCAAUCAACAGAACUUAGAACAAUGUGUAGGCUAUAUAAAAUACAUGUAUUUUGAAAAUAGUAGGCUAGGAUAGCUUAGACCCCGAGCAUCGUUUAUAGUUGUUGGUAAAGCACCGGCAUCGUGGCUUAUACUGUAGGCUACAACUGAUAUCACUGUUGCUGUCGGUUAAAAUACACUGUUGAGUAAAUCGUGAGCCUCACCAGUCGUGAACAGAAUCUGUUUCCAGAACAGUUUGAAGGGGCUCUAGAAACAAACAGCUAGCCUAUAGCACACAUGGUGCUUAUGUGCCCAAAUAAAUGCGGAUGAUAAACGGAAAUUCACACUUGGAUGGGCAACUGGUGACACACCAUUCUGCGAGGAACAGGUAUACUGUAGCUGGAACCUAACACCAGUAGAUUAUUUUACAAAAAAAUGUUAUUUGUAUAUAUCAUAACAUAGUGCAAGAUUAAAACAAUUGAUUGUUAAUACUAGCAUGUGUUGCAUGCAUUAGAUGUGUUUUUAAGCUAUGUAGUUUAGAUGUGUACAUGGACUAUACUGAAGAGCAAUAUGAGCAGAAAGCAGCAAUAAUAUUAAUGUUAAUGCUAAUGCACACCUAGAGCCAAAGACAUGAAUAUGUCCAUGCUUCCAUUUGUCACUACUAUCACUCACUGUGAAUUUCUUAGUUGCUUAAAAGUCUACUCAGGUCAGACACAUUAUCAAAAGCUACAGACAGAGAUAUAAUAUUCAUAUGUAAGAAAUUUCCAAACCAUCGGCUAUCUUUGAACAUCUUUGUCUUCCACACAUUGCACAAAUUCCAUGAGGCAUUUACAGCUCACGUCUGUAUUACAUGUUUAAACCAUAAACCUAACACACAAGUCUUCCUAAAAUUCAUGUUCUACAUCAUUGCAAUCACUGGUGAAAACUUUGGAGAAGGACACUGAAAACAGCACAAACUUGUAUUUUUUUCUCAAAGCAAGAAGGACGAACUGUGGACUAAAUUGUAAGGAACUGAACUGAGCUGUGGACUAGCUUUAUCUGGGCAGACGCCGGCUAUCACACAAGUGUGUGUUAUUAUAAACAGAUGAACAAAGUCUUUGAAAACAGAGUGGCUGAAGCCCGAGGCUUCCACGCCUGCCCCUCCUUUCCUUUUGUUCCCUGAGCCAUCAGAUACUAGACGACUAGAGGCGUGCAGCACGCGGGACAGCCCGAGCCAAGAUCCAAGACAGGCCGGUGAAAGACCGCGGGGUAGGCCUCGGACUGGAACUAAGAACUGACCUGAUCUUGGUGAUCAGAGUCAUCCCACAGCACAACCCCCCCACCUCCCUCAGACUGGGGAGGAAGAGCCAGAGGAGGAGGAGGAGGAGGAGAAAGAGACACGCCCUUUGAUCACAGACACUUCCCAAGACAGACUCCCCCACACCACCCCACCCCACCCGACCUCCACCCCAACCCCAGCUCCUUGUGUGGUCACACGGGGGUCGAGUCGCGGUCCAGUUGUUUCCUGUUCUCUUCUCUGUUGUGAUUUUCUCCUUCAGCACGUUCUGGAGUUGGGUUGGACCAACCAACACGCUUUCUUCACAGAGAGCCCUCGCCUCGUGGCAGACUACCUGCUCACAUCCACAUCUCCCCCCUGCCAGGGGGUGUGUGAGCACACACAACCGUGUGUGUGUGUGAGAGAGAGAGAGAGUGUGUGAGUCUGUGUGUGUGUGAGAGAGAGAAAGAGACGCCUCUUCAUGAUGAUGUCUGCACUGCGGAUACUGCUAGUCCCUCUCGCUCUCUGCACUUUGCACGGUGAGUACUGACUGACUUGAUUAGCUCUGCUGAGGCAUGCAUGAGCCGAUACUCUCUCUCUCUCUCUCUCUCUCUCUCUCUCUCUCUCUCUCUCUCUCUCUCCAUCUGUUUCUCCAAAACAAAACCCCACUGUCUUGCUGUAACUGUCUGGAGAUAUUAGAACAGGAAGGACUCCAGGAGGUAGAAAGGAGAAAGCCUGAGAUGGUCUCAAUGGAGCUGGGUUGAAUGGAGCAUGUUCAUCUCCUUUGAAGUGUGUGUAUGUGUGUUGGGUGUUGAUUCACUAUAUGCCUCAAAGGAUGGAUCAUGCUAUUUAUCAGGAACAGAGAUAAAUAGUUAGUGUAAUAGAAUUGUGGUCGUGCGCCAGGUUUGCCUCACUGUUACCCUCCAUUCAUGCCGGUGUGUGUGUGUGUGUGUGUGUGUGUGUGUGUGUGUGUGUGUGUGUGUGUGUGUACGUUUAACUAUUGCCCAAUUUCCUAGAUGGCCCACCUUAAAAGCCUUAACCAGAUGCUCUAUUUUUUCUAAGCAUGUCAUGAAGUAAAGCCAUGUGGUGUUGGUAAAGUGGACGUAAUGGGGUAAAGCCACAUGGUGUUGGUAAAAUUGAUGGCACCAUCUGAUGCAAACCGCCACUCACCCAUGAUCCCUACGUCCGCUUGCGUUAUGGUACAAAUAUGCCACUGACAGCUUGUAGUCAGCAUGUGUAAAGGCAACGCCGGCAAAAGUGUGAGAACCAACAACAAACACUGUGUGUGUGUUCACUCAAGCACAAGUAGCAAGAAAUUAAAUAAGUCAUGUAAAAUAAUAAUAAAUCCUAAUAUCGAAAUUAAAAUUAAACUCUGCUUGUUUACAUGUUGAUUUUAUCUAGAAAUUCAAGGUAGGGGAUCCGAGAGUUGAACCCCCCCCCCCUUCUGAAAGCCUGUUUUUGUUGUGCUCAGAAGAGCCUUGGGGGAGUGAGCCAGGCGUUCUUGCUGAUGCAGGUAGAUGACGUAACCGGGUGUCAAGAGGGGUUGAGCUUCAGAUGUGCACGCAUUAGAAGGGCAAGGAUGGCUUGCGUAGGGGAGAAACCUCAAAUGGCCUCCUCAUUAUUCCACCUUAUGAAUACCGGAAUCCAAAGGGACUCCUGAGGGACUAAAGAGGGGUAGUAGAUAUCCACUGCUUUGAUCUACCAGGUCGGGGGGGAAGAAACAGAUGGUCAAACUGGGGAAAAUGGCCAAGUUGGGCGAGAGUGAGAGGAGAGAGCUAAAUCCAUUAUGCAACGUCAGUCAGUUAGUUGUGUAACUCUUUUUUUGGAGGAAAACACUUCUUCCAUGUGGUUAAUGCUUUCAAAAUGAAAAGCAUUUCACUCGAAACAGAGACAGACACGGGAGUCGUUCACCCAGGCCAGAUAAGAGGGAAGAACUGGCUGGGGACAAGGGGACAAACAGACAGACAGACAGAAAACAGACAGACAAACAGACAGACAGAAUGACAAGCAAGUCCCAGGAUGGAUAUGAUCCCAAUCCUCUGUUAGUGGGGUUUAUAUUGCCUAUUUCUCACCUGGCUCCCAUCUAACUAAAUUGUGAGCUGAUGAUGAGGUGAUCACUGGCUAUCCCUGGACAGAGAUUAGCCAAUGGCGACAGGUAACACAUUAAAUGUGAUGGAUGAAGACCUUGAGGAUGUCAGCUGUUACUAUGACGAAUUAGCCAUCGACAGAUGUAAUUGGACAAAUACGUUUUAGGUGAGACAGAGAGGAAUGUUUUAUUUGGCCUUUAAUCAUGCGAGCUUUGAGGCUUUCCCUGUUCCCUGAGAAUCGUAGGCCUACCAUCAUUAAUGGCUUCUGACAAAAAAGCGCACAUUAUGCAGGAUAUUUUCAGUGGGGGCCUGAUAAUCUCUGAGCUCUCAGAUCUCUCCUCUCCUGUCCGCUCCGCUCCUCCCCCCACCAAGGUCAAGCGGCCGGCAGCCAUUCGCACGCAUGUUUGCUGCUGUGAUUGGGGAGGUGUGUUGCAAACAAAAGGGGCCCUGACAGAUGGGAUGUAUGUGGGCUAAUGCUAAUGCUCAUGCAGCCCUGGGCCGAGGAGGACGAUGCUGAACCUAGAGUAGAGAUGGAGAGAGUCACAUCUCUCACAUUUCAAAACCUGAUUUAGAAAAACUCAUUCAUGCAUCUAUCUCAAGCAGGGUUGACCACUGCAAUGGGCUUUUCAGCAGGGUUGAUCACUGCAAUGGGCUUUUCAGCAGGGUUGAUCACUGCAAUGGGCUUUUCCUAAAAAGACUAUCAAACAGCUUCAGGACAGGUGAUACAAAAUCCAGCAGCUAGAUUUAUAAAAACUACCUGAACUGACCACAUUACUUCAAUACAUAAGUAAGACCAAAUUGUUCUCAGAUGCUUUCUGCUAACUGAUCAAACGCACCUCCUUUUAAUCAUAUGCACCCUAUAUUUUAUGACAAUUUUAAUUAUUUUAUUUUAUGUACUUUACUUUUUUCUUUUCUUUACUAUUAUUUACUAUUUUGUCCUUUUUAUGAAGGGCACACUGAACUGCCUCUGAGUAAACUUGCCUUGCCUUGGCUUCAUCAGAGACUCAGUACACAUUGUGUGUGUGUGUGUGUGUGUGUGUGUGGGGGGGAGGGGGGGUGUGGAGGGAGCUGGUAUCUGUGCGUCAUCAGAAGGCCCUCCACAGGGCUCAUGUUCUGGGUGUCUCACACACGAGCCCUCAGUAAGUGAGCAUUGCGUGUGUGUGUGUGUGUGUGUGUGUGUGUGUGGGUGAGUGAGCACUGCGUGGAAAACUGCAUCACCUCAAGGGCUCCUGUUCUGCUCCCCUCUCUGCACUCAAAUGAGUAUGUGUGAGCAAAGACACACGCACACACACAGACACACACACACACACACAUAGUCACUGUCAAACACACAUGCUGAUAAUGUGUUACUCCUCCCAUCUCUGUCAUGCAUAGUGUAAAAUGCUUACUCUCUCACACAUAAUGUACAUAAUGUAUACAUACAUAACAAACACAUGUUGGUCAAAUGUACCCAUCUGCAGGCAUGUUUAGUACUGUGUGUGUGUGUGUGUGUGUGUGUGUGUGUGUGGUGUGCAAUCAAGUAAGAGGAUAUACUGUAUGGCAGUGCUUUAUGUAGCUGACAGGUCGUGCUGGUCAGCAUAUCUGAGGCAGCCAUGUGGCUAGAGAGAAAGGCUGGGGGUGGUGGUGGUGUGUGUGUGUGUGUGUGUGUGGGGGCAGGCUGUGGGAGGAUGGUAAUGGAAAAGAACCUGACAGAGAGGCAGUGAGAUGAAGACUAGAAAGUGGAAGAUGGAGAGAGAGUGUGUGAGAGAGAGAGAGAGUGUGUGAGAGAGAGAGUGUGAUUCCAUUAUGGUUUUGCAUAGACAGAAAGUCUCAGCAGUUCAUAUCGGAGACGGAGAAUAGAGUGCUUAAGGAGCCAAGGGGCCGUGAGAGGCGGUCUGCCUGAGCAGGCGGUCAUACUCAUCUGACCUGGAGAGCAAUGAGCUGCAAAAUGAGAAGCUUUCGGAGAGCAAGGCAAGUCUACAUUAGAGGGCCGCAGCAGACAGAGCUGUGCCUUUGGGUCAGUUUUAACUGUACAACUGGUGGGAUUACUGGUCUUUACUGCUGCUCGUGUGGAAAAGGUUAAGGAUGCUUUCAUCCAAAACAACUUACAAAUAUAAAUUCAGAGCUUUUGUUUCAUACAUGAAGGGAGAAGAAGGGUGCGUGGAAAUGAUAAUGUGUCUCCGUUCUUCGAGACCCAGACAGGAAAAGUGUUCAUUAAUCAUUUAAGAGUAGGGCGGGUGAAGAGAGAGAGAGAGAGAAGAGUGCAUAAGAGAGGGAGGAGGUGAGAGAGAAGGCUUGUAGACAGGCAGAUCCAAUAAGAGCAAGGGAACUGAGCUAGUGGAUAUUUUUUUUUCUUUCUUUUGUUCUGUUGAACGUCUCGCUGCAGUCCUCACUCUGCUACUGCGACGCAGUUUGAAUUGUAUUCUCGUAUCCCCAUUGCGUGUAACCACUGGACGUCUGAGGACUGCGGUGUCUGCUCUAGGCUAAUUGGGAUUGUGUUUUUUGAAGAGACACAGAUUGAUGGAAUGAGGAGACAGCCAGUUAAAUCAGUAGCAUAACUUGUAGAUCCCUCCCACCUGAUGAAAUAUUCAGUAGCUGUGGACAGAGGGGCUUGUGCGGAGAUGAAGGAGAGGAACAGGGAUAAAGGGCAUGCUGAACACUCCCCACUCCAUCUUCUCUCCAAUUCCUCUCAUUUGUAUCUCUCUCAUACUCAGAGAGCAUAAUUCCCCAGCCACUUGACCUACCACCAGUAAUCAGCCUGAUCUUUAGUGUUCGCUACUCCCUGAGGCGGUGUCCUAUCUGUCUCUAGAUCAGUGUGUGUGCGUGUGUGUGUGUGUGUGUGUGUGUGUGUGUGUGUGUGUGUGUGUGUGUGUGUGUGUGUGUGUCUGGCCUUGCUGAAGAUGGGGACGUGUCAGUGUUGAUCUCAAGCAGCAGAGAAAGUGAACACACUAUGUGCUUGCAUGGAAAAUAACUCCCGUGAGCCCUGAGUCCCAGGAAUGUCACGGAGGCGACACAUUUUCCCUGGAUACCGGUCUCUAUACAUCUCUGACACGAUUAGCAAACGUUGCCAUGGGAACCCUACAGCGGCUCUUGUUGUUUUACUGUGUUUGUUUGUUUCAUUUCUCCUUGUGAUGGUCUUGCCCCGUCUUGCCCCUCGUUGGUACAGCUAAUGAUUCUCUGAGAAAAUGUAGUAAUCCUCAUAAACUCCCAGCAGCCUAGCCUGCGGGAGCAGCAGAUUAUUUAUUGAAGCUCUUUUUUCAGGCAGGCAAGCAGGCAGAACUCCCAGGGGCCAUUUUUUGGUGCUCAAGCCCCAACGGAGGCAUAAACCAAUGGCGUGGAUUAAAGGUUCUCCCUGACUCAUAAUCCGGUGUUUUCAGGGCAGAUGUGUUGCGUAACGUAAUCUGUGCGCGAGCAAGCGCUCGCAUUAGAGAAUGACUUUGAUAUUGCGGGUGACUGAUGGCCCUGAAGGUCGAGAAGGAGCCCAUGAUGGCCCCAGGGCACCCUUUGGGAGAGAUGCUGCCUUGCUUGUCUGAUGCCGUUAGUCUCAUGAUACGAUACGUCCACAUGAUAUGUCUCUCUCUGUCUGUCCAUCUUUCUCUCACGCUGUCUUUUCACAUGCCUGCAUUUAACCUGUAGCUCUCCCAUCUAAACUGUUUCCCCACCUCCCUCAGUGUCUGUGCUGUACAGUGUUCUCUCUAUCUCUGUCUCUCUAUGUCUGUAUCUCUGUCUGUGUCUAUGUCUGUCGGGCAUCUGUGUCUCUGUGGUCUGUUGUGGUGUACUUUACUAUACUGUAUGUGUAUUAACUGUGUUGUCUUCCAUGUGUAUGUCUGUCAUGUGAUUUGUGUCUUCUGUGCAGCAUGCUCCUUUUGCUGCUCUCAUGCCCUUUGUCUCCCUCUUCUUCCUGCUUUAUGAGAGUGGCAUAUGUAGCAACUGUGAUAGUUAUGUUGAUAACCCCCCCACACACACACACACACACACACUGCUCUCCCUCCCCUCCCUUGAGUUUCCCUAAAUGCUACCACAACAAUGGCUGUGUGACUGUUGCUCGGAACUGUGUUAAUUCUUCCUCUCUUUCUCCCUGCUUUCUCUCUGUUCUUCUCCUUCUCUUCCUCCCUGCUACAGAAGUGUUUCCGCGUUCCCAUAUCCCGCUUACCUAACCCCCCAACCCCAAGAGCCCUUUCUUUCUUCCAGCUGUGAAAAAACAAACUCAGUGAUUUUUUUCCCAGAAUGUUCUGAAGAGAAAAAAAGAGCAAUAUCAAAUCAGUUCCUAGAGAUGCUGUCCGUAACCCAGUUCAGCAGAAAGAGAAGGCGACGAUGGUGUCAGCAAAAAGAUUGUGUAUCAGUAUUGUGUAGUGGCGAGUGCCUCAGUUGGACUCGUACAAAAGAUCUGCAGCAGAGAGUCAUAGUUGGAAGUAACCCCGGAUCACAGAUUGAUCUCGAGCAAGAGGACCUUUUGUGUAGUGUUACUGUUAAACAUGUACAUUUACAGCGGUGCAGAUGCUUCAGUCAAAGCUACAGAGUGCGGUGUGAGAGGCACUUGGAAGCACAGCUUGUCUUAGUCAUGCGGCGUGCGUGGAGGUGGACUCGGACACGGAGGCGGUGGCAGGUGAGGGGUUCAAGAUGGGCUGCAUCUCCUGCAAGCUGAGGGGGGAGGUGGAGGCCACCGCCACAGUGGACUGGUACUUCAUGGCCGAGGGAGAGAGAGAAUUCUCCCAUAUCUUCAGAUAUGACCCUGAAGACGCCCCAAAGCUAGACGAACUCGACAUCCGUGACGAGCGUUUCUACGGCCGUCUGGACUGGAAUGGCAGCAAGAACACACUGGACGUGCAGGACGGCUCCAUCUACAUCCUCAACGUCACCUUCAAUGACACAGGCACCUACCGCUGUCACUUUGACCGCCAUCUCACCUUCACCAACUAUGACUACCACACCAACACCACCAAGUUCGUCGUCAUCAAUGUGGUGCCCAAAGCCACUCGAGGCUUGGCCUCCAUCUUGUCGGAGGUAAUGAUGUACGUAUCGAUCAUUGGGCUCCAGUUAUGGCUGGUGGUUGAGAUGGUGUACUGUUACCGGAAGAUAGCGGCCGCAGGGGAGGAGGCCUUGAGAGAGAGCGCGGCGGAGUACUUAGCCAUAGCCUCGGGGGGUAAAGAUAACUGUGCAGGUGUUCAGGAGUCAGAAUAACACAGGUCUGCGUGUGUUCAUCUCAAGACAAAGAUCUCCACCAGGCCGAACGUCCCCAAACACCAGGCGUCCCCGCUGUCCUGUACGCAGCUUUGAGCCAGGGCUUGUAAUUGACUCCAUUCACGUCUGCACAGCAUCCACUCAGACAGAACAGAAGACCGAUCCAAUACGUCACUAACACCUCUGGACCUCAUAGUACCUUUAAUGCUUUGUCCCUCACAUUAGAUGUGUCAGAACGAUGUAGCUCAGUUUUCACUCGUAGAUGAGGAACUAACAAUGUAAUACAUGGUGAGAAAUUGGAUAGCAAUGGAUUGCUGAAGUCGGGCAUGUUAGCUAAAGAGAAACGGCACACUUACUGUAUGUCUAUUUGAAAGACAAUAAUCAAAAUGGCAAAUGUUAUGAAGUUGUAAAUAUGCACUGUUGUAUGCUAUCACUUGUUGACACACUAGUUAGACUGAUUUCAAAUGUCUCUCUACUGACUUAACUAGUGAUCUGCUUUAUGAAGAUCAGUGACUGAAAUUACACUACUCACAAAAAGUCAGGGAUAUUCGGCUUUUAGGUGAAAUUUCAGGAUGAAUUUAAAAUUCACUAUAACCUUUACAGGUGAACUUAAAGGUGCUCUAAGCGAUGCCUGCAAACUGCAAACAUCACCUAACCAACCACUAGCUGUCUGUGUCCUGAAUACCCUGUAAAAAAACGCAAUCUCUGUGGACAGCCCAGGCUCCAAAAACGG